AUAAUAAUAAUGUUUAUGGCUGAGAUUGUUUCCAAUAUUUUACAACUGCAGCAACCCAAGUUCACAUAUUGAUUGGAACAAGGUUCUUCUGAGUGGAAUUUGGUUUGGAAUUAUGGCUCAGUUAUUGUCUCCAGUGUGUAUGGAGGCACUGAAAAUCCACAACCCAUCAUUGAAUUUGUGUUCAAGAGGCUCAUGGCGGAUGCUGGUGAAGACUCCAAGUCAUUGCACUUUUGUGACACAAAGUGGUAAGCGAAGAGGGUGUGGCAGAGUAAGGGUUACUGCUGAGGAUUCAGUUUCUCCCACUGAUACCAUUGCAGAUGAUUAUUAUGCAGUUCUGGGUCUGCUUCCUGAUGCCUCACCAGAGCAGAUCAAGAAGGCAUACUACAAUUGCAUGAAAUCUUGCCACCCUGACUUGAGUGGCAAUGAUCCUGAGACCACAAAUUUCUGCAUGUUCAUUAAUGAAGUGUACACGGUGCUAAGUGAUCCCAUCCAGCGCAGGAUUUAUGAUGAAAUUCAUGGCUAUUCUUUAACUUCAAUCAAUCCUUUCCUCGAUGAUUCAAGCCCAAGGGAUCAUGUCUUUGUUGAUGAGUUCAGCUGCAUAGCCCCUGAUGUGUUUGCCAUUGAAGAGGACUUUGGAAGAGCCAGAGCAUUCAACCAAUGUGGGAACCCUGAUUUAGUUCAACAGGCCAUUGACAGUUGCCCUGUUAGCUGCAUUCAUUGGACAUCUGCUGCACAACUAUCAUUACUUGAAGAUGAGAUGCGCCGUGUAGAACGUGUUAAUGUUGCCCUGAUGGUAUCAGGAAUGGGAACAGCAUCAAUUGAUGUUUUCAGAAUGGCAAGUUCUAGAUGGGAAAAGAGGCAAUCAAAAGUCUUGGAAAAGGCAAAAUUUAGAAUGAUGAAGCAAGAAGGUUCUGAUAAGAAAAAUUCAUACUGGGACAAUCUGUGGGGCAAACAAAAAGACUACCAAAGUUCAGAUGAGGAAGUUGCAGAAAGAGCAAGAAGAGCUGCUUCAGCAGCACGAAGAUGGAGGGAAUAUUCAAGGAAAGGUGUUGAUAAUCCUCUGACAUUUAAACUCCCAGAAGCAAACCCUACCAAGGAAAAAUGAACAUUACUUAAUUUACCUUCUGUAUAAUUUACUCCCAUGUAAUUAAUUCAUUUAUAGCCUCUCAUGAAACUAUAUGCAUCAACUAUAGUUAUACAAUAUAAGAAAACUAUUACUAACUCUUUUUACUUUUUUGGUUAA